GACUUAUUUUUGCACUUAUCCACUUAUCAUUAAUUCUCCUAUAUACAUCCUCAUGCUCAUUUCUAAACUGUUUCGCAGUGCUGAAGUCACAUUUAACAGGAUAUUCAAAAGAAACAUUGAAACAAUGAGUACAAAAAUCAAAGUUGCCUUGAUCCAAUGCAAUGUAGGUAAAAACAGAGAAGAAAAUCUCAAUAACGCGUCAGUUCUGAUCGAGAGGGCUAAAAAUAACGGAGCGGAACUUGUAGCAUUACCAGAAUGCUUCAAUUCACCUUAUGGAACAAAUUUCUUUAAAGAUUAUGCGGAAUCCAUUCCAAACGGACCAUCAUGUGAAAUGUUAUCAAAGAAUGCCAAAAAACACAACAUAUAUCUAGUUGGGGGAACUAUACCAGAAACAGAUGAUGGCAAAGUUUACAAUACCUGUACAGUGUGGAAUCCUGAUGGUAAAUUGAUUGCGAAAUAUCGAAAAAUGCAUCUGUUCGAUAUUGAUAUACCUGGUGGUAUAACAUUCAAAGAAUCUGACAUAUUAAGGCCUGGCAAUAAUUUGGAGACUUUCAAUAUCAAGGAUAUCAAGUUUGGCCUUGGAAUUUGUUAUGAUAUGAGAUUUGAAGAACUCGCAAAAUUAUAUAGGUUAGAAGGAUGUAGAGUCCUUUUAUACCCAGGAGCAUUUAAUAUGACUACCGGUCCACUGCAUUGGGAAUUGAUACAAAGAGCCAGAGCAAAUGAUAAUCAGGUUUAUGUUUUUGCUGUUAGUCCUGCUAGAGGAACAAAAGGUUAUAUCUGUUGGGGACACUCCCAAAUUACAGAUCCUUGGGGUAAAGUUAUAGCAGCCGCAGGCCAUGAAGAAGAAAUUAUUUAUGCAGAUAUUGAUGCUGAUGAAUGUGAUAAGGUUAGGCAGCAAAUACCGGUUGGUGUACAGAGGAGAGUAGAUAUUUACGACACUGUUAAUAUUUGUAAGAGUAAAAUUUAAAUGAAGACUUUCAUUGAUCAAAUGCCAUCUGUAAGUUACAUGUGACAAAAAUAAAAGAGAUUUGACAUAAA